AUGCAGGCGUCACUGGCGCAGUUGGACGAUGCGCCCAUGCUUUUUUGCGAGCGGUGCAACAACCUCCUCUACCCGGAAAACGACCCUGUUGAUCGGCAGAUGAUGUGGCGAUGCAACUACUGCAAGACGGCCGAGGUACACGACGAGAACAAGCUGGUGUACAUUCUAAACCUCAAGUUAAAGACGGGGACAACAGAGGAACUGGAGUUGCUAGCAGAAUUUGCGAACGACCCAACAGCUCAGCGUGACCCUACUAAGCGAUGCCGCCGUUGCGGCGAACACGACGUGACGUGCUUUGUGAACCCCCUCGGUCAGCCGCAUGAAGACAUGACCCUCUACUUUGCUUGUGCGAACCCAAAGUGUCGUCACGUCUGGAAGAGUGGCGAUAGCCAAGAACAAUAA